UGCACUUUGAGCUCCGGGAUUCCCAAGUGCACAAGCUCACCAACAUUCAAACUCCGCGCUACGACCAAUCCUUUUUCGCGGGGUGACUCUCGACCUCUCAGAAUGUGGAAACCAACAGUCCUGCUCGCUGCUGCCCUGGCGGUUCCGGCACAAGCACUUCACUUCUUCCUGGACGGCGCAGUCCAAAAGUGCUUCUACGAGGAAUUGCCAAAGGAUACACUGGUUGUUGGCCACUACCACGCCGAGCCCUGGGACGACGCGACCAAGUCCUACCUGCCCAAAUCCGAGGUCGGCGUCUUCGUAACCGUUGAGGAAACAUUCGACGACAACCACCGCAUCGUGGCCCAAAGAGGUUCUGCCGAAGGCCGCUUUACUUUCAGCGCCGCCGACAGUGGACAGCACAGGAUCUGCGUCAUUCCUCAGAAUGUCCAGGGCGGAGGCGGCUGGUUGAACCAAGGUAUCCACGGUACCGUCAGGUUUACCCUCGACAUGGCGAUUGGAGAGACGAGCAGAAUCGAGAGCACGGACAAGGACAAGGUCGAGACGCUGGUACAGAAGGUCAGGGACUUGAACUCGCGACUACUGGACGUUAGGCGAGAACAGGUCUUCCAGAGAGAGCGUGAGGCCGAAUUCCGCGACCAGUCCGAACACACAAACUCGCGCGUCGUCCGCUGGUCAAUUAUCCAGCUCGUCGUUCUCGGUGUCACUUGUGUCUGGCAAUUAUCGCAUCUGCGCUCCUUCUUCAUCAAGCAGAAGCUUACCUAGAAUCCUCGCACGAAGAGACACCCCUUCAUGCGCAUAUCUAAAGAAGCGAUACGGGGCAGGCUAGCGUAGGGGCAUAUUCCAAAGCAAAAUUCAUGCGAAUACCGAGGGAGGUUCGGUAACACGUGACUUGUAUUGUACGGCGGGCGGAGGAAUACAUGGCGUUGAAGAAUUGAUAUUGCUGGGUGUUUAACGUUGG